CGAUUCAUAAACAUGGUCGUGGUCCUUCGAGCCGGAUGGUCAGUUUUAAAAUUUUACAACCGUUCAUUCGUGCCUCUUUCAAAAUACAAGUUGAGGUCUCUCUGUUCUUCAAAGACAGAGAGAGUAUUAUAUCUUUGCUUCUUGCUUCGCGGUGAAGAAUUAUAAAGUCCGGCAUCACAGCGCACAAUGCGCAAGGAGCGGUAAACCGCCGUUACAAAAAUGUGGACGUGAAUUCAUUUUCAGUUAAGUAAGAGUAGGUGUAUAUACCUACGGGUUUAUAUGCGUCGUCUCUAUAUACUACAUGUCUUUUUAAAGUUUUGUUAUUAAACAUCGAUAAAUAGUUACGUCCGAGUGACUGAAAGUUCAAUGUGAAUCAGUGUCUGACUUUCAUGAAUUGAUAUUUCCAAUUCAACAGAAAAUGUGUCUUAAAAAUAAUGAUUUAUUACCCCUUCGAAAGUAUUAUACGAUUAAGUAAGCAUGUCAUCGAGUAUAAAGCUUAAACUUCUAAAUCCAUACCAUGACGAUUAAAACCGAAGUGAAGAAGGAAUGUGAAAAUGAAGAAAGAACAUGUGGAAAAUACACAUGAACUAUCUUCGUCAUACCUUUAACUCUACAUCGCAAUAUUGUAUCAAACAAAUGAGAGACAAACGAAAAAAGCAAAAUGCUGAAACAUAUUACAAACGGCGGUGUCGCAAAUCGAGGCACCCGUCCAGAUAGUUCCAUGAUCAUGGAACCAAGGGACCAGCAGUCCCACAGGUUCCGAUCACCAAACGCCAAUAGUUCCAGAAUCUCCACGCAGCAGUAUCCUCUGAACGUAACGCAGCUGCACAAUGUCACCCCAAAUUUGGACAACUCCAAGCACUCAAUCUACAGCAACGCAGCUGUGCUGUCCACAGGCAACAAGGUCCUCAAUGGAGGCUUGAACAUAUCGCGAAUAAGGAACCAAAGCACUGUAAACAAAUUCAUAGCCAAAUCGAAACAAGUGGGAGUGAAAGAGAUGCUGGUCAGCCUGGGACUGCUAUGCUUGGUCAGCUUGUUAUUAGCGUUGUUGUCGCUGAUUUUCUUACUGAAAAUUUCCCCAGUCACUGCGAACGAUAUCAGGGAACUUUUGCGAGCUGAACAGCUCACAGUCAUUACAGCAGAAGAGUAUGUCGUGGUAUAUGAAGUGACUUUAGCCCUUUGUGCCUUAACUUUGUCGUUGAAUCUUUGUUGUCUAUUGGUGUGCGCUAUACAGUUCUUGUUUGCAGUGAAACUUGUUAAGAGUCCACAUGGAGGAAGCGAUAGAACUAAUAAAUAUCUUCAAAAGUCGUCCAUCAGCAGAGUGUGUGCUGUCGGGGGUUUCUUCAUAUCAAUACCAGUAUUUCUAACAGGUAUAAUACUGUAUACUUUUAUCCAAUUCCACUCGACUCCGGCGAUAGUGACAAGUGUUUUUAUUGGUCUCGGUAUAAUAUUUUGCGGGUGCGCCAUGGUACAUAACGUUUUUAUAUGGCAAAGAGAAAAGACGAAUGCUGUGAAAGAGUUGGCACUACAGCACGACACUACCCAGCAACACUACAAUUCUUUUCAUAGCAUCACUUCGCAACCGCUUCAAACCAAUUUAAACCAAUCCUAUGUAAGCAAUUUUAAUCAGAGUUUCGGACACCCCCUAGCAAGUAUUCAUAGCAACGGACCUUAUAUAAUAAGGCCCUCAACGACUACACCGCCCUCAGGUGAGAACUUGAAUAUCAGCAAACAUCCCAGGGAGGCUAGUGGUAGUGUCAGUCCUGGUAUGCCUACUAAUACCAUCGAUAUCAGCAGUGUGGCUACCACGAAUAGUCCACAUGAAUUAUCAACUUUAGUUUAGUUAAAACUUUUUUCUAGCCAUCUCUUGUCGAUAUUUUUAAAUUUUUAUUUUUGUUGUUUUCUUAUAUGGGAAAAGGUAUUAAGCCGCAUUUACAUAUAUUGGUUUACCUGUCAGUCUUACGCUUCGUCCUACGAAACGUGGGCGACGAAAGCGCGCAAUAAGGGCGAUACGACCGACGCGACGUUAUCAAAAAACGUUUUCUUAUGAACAAUGAAUAAUUUCUUAUGAAACUUAUGAAUUAGCUCUGUUAUCUAUGCUUAUGAAAGUGUCCUGCAUUGCCGACGCAGGACGAUUUCAUAAGAAAAGUUGGUUGAAAAAACACAUGUCGUACGUGGGCGACAAAAGUUCGCGAUUCGGGCGAUUUGACCGACACGUGUUUUUUCAAACAACGUUUUCUUAUGAAGUCGUCCUGCCCCGGCAAUGCAGGACACUUUCAUAAGCAUAGAUAACAGAGCUAAUUCAUAAGUUUCAUAAGAAAUUAUUCAGUGUUCAUAAGAAAACGUUUUUUGAUAAAGUCGCGUCGCUAAUAUCGCCCGUAUCGCCCGCUUUUGUCGCCCACGUAGAACGAACCGUUAAGUCUGUCAAAAUACUCUAAAACGUUGUAUGUAGACGGGGCUUAAGUGAAUUAUUUUUAUAUAUUGACGAAAAAUCUAAAAUGUUUCUUGCCAUAAAAAUUGUGACUUAUUAAAAUAAUCUCUAGAAUUUUUUUUUGUAAAAAUUUGCAAGUACUUUUCCAGUACUCUAUUGCUCCUUUGUACAUAAACUGUAUAAAAAAAUACAUAUUUAUUUUAUUGUAAAAUGCUACAUUAAUUUAUUUUAAACUAUGUGUUGUACAUAUAUUAAAAAAAAGUCUUUCAAAAAUACAUGUUAUGUGAUUAUUUCGAAAAUAAUACCGUUGACGUAACAUUUUUCGCAUAUUUCUUUAUAUCACUGUUUAUAAAAUAGCAAUUUGCAAAAAUCAAAGAGUCUAGUACAAAUUAUCACUACCAUUAGGUUCUGAUAUUUAUUAUUAAAUAUAAGCUAUUCUAUAUGAUUAAAUAAAUCAUAAU